AAGACGUGGAAGAGGGAGACGUAGAAGGGAUGCCAAAGAAAAAGGAAAUGUAAGAGAGAAGAGGACAGAUCGGCGAAGAGCCCUCGGGCCUUGUCUUUCUCUAUCUCUCUUUCUCUCUCUCUCUCUCCGUUUUACUUCUCGGUCCCACAGUCGGGGACCAUCGCGGUGGAGUGGGAGGAUGGAGCAAUGUCGGUGCUCGCGAAGGAGAGAUAGAGAUAUGUCGGUAGAGCGAGAGGGAGAGAGAGAAAGAAAGAUGGAGGCGUCGUAGGGUGAACAGGUAAGGCAGUGUGCGUGUAAGCGGGAAAGAGGGAAAAAGGAGAGAGAAGGAGAAGGAGACGAGGAUACGCGAGGAGGAGAGGGAACGCGCUCGAGAUCGGUGGAUUUCGAAGGAGCGAGCGAAAGGGAAGACCGUGGUGGAAAGGUGGGAGAGAGAAAGCGAGAGCGUGUGUGUAAGCGAGGGCGAGGAGAGAGGGGAAGGCGAGGAGACACGGAGCUAAGAGCGGGAUGCUGGGAGGCGGCGGUGGCGGCGGCCAUGUUGCCGUAUCCCGAGAGAAGAGAGAACGAUCCGAGAGAGCACCGUGAGGCUGCUUCGUUUGUUGCUUGCAGCGGCGGUCCAAACUUUAAGAAGUUUAAUUCUCUUUUGUACGAACGAUCGUCUUUGCCAGUGCGUCGUGUCAAAAGUACGAGUAUUCCGCGAUUCGUAUCGUCGUCGCCGUCUCCGUCGCCGUUGCCGUUGCCGUUGCCGUUGCCGUCGCCGUCCUCUUCGCCGUCCUCUUCGUCGUCCCCUUCGCAGUACUUCUCGUCGCGGCUUCGUCGUUACUCGUCGUACGCAUCUUUAGAUCAACGCGGUUUCGACGACGACGACGACGACGACGACGCGUGUGCCUCCUGUGCUUCUUACGUCUUCUCGUGUUCCUCGUGCUCCUGGCAUGUCUCCUAUACUCGAGGAGAUGACGGAAUAAUUCGCGGGAGAACUCUUCUUCCAGCGAAGCGCGAGAAAACGCAAAAAGUGCGCGACCGAGAGAAAGGAUUCUCCGAACGGUGAUCCGAAAAGAGAAAACGAAUAAAAGAGGAUAGGUGACGCUAUGACGUGCGACAAGUGAAAUUCGUGAAUCGUUCGAAUUCGAGCCGAAAGAAAGACCAGAAGAGGAAGAAGAAACGGAAGAAGAAGAAGAAGAAGAAGAGAUCGAAACUAUCUUAUCCCUCUUUCGUUCUUUCGUCCGUGUACGCGAAAAGGGUCACCCUCCGACGGGAUGCCCUAUCUCGAAAGAAAGGGCCUUCGAUAGGACGACGUUUCCAUCGCACUAGCGAAUUCGCGAGAGAGAAGACGACGCCGAUGGAGACUAUCAUCCGCUGAGAUGUGAUCCAGAAUACCGCAGGGACGCUCGGUAGUUUGUAGUUGGUCCCCCGUUCCCCUUUUACCGUCCUCUCACCCCACCACCUACGCGACUUAUCACCUACUACCUCGCGCUCUCUUUCCCUCUCUCCCUCUCUCUCUCUCUUUCUAUCUAUCUAUCUACCUCCAUCUAUCUCUCUCCCUUCUUCCCAUCUUUUUAUCUUUCCAUUCUUCCUUCAGCCUCCUCCUCCCCCUUUACGUCUACAAUCGUUCGUAAUCGUAACCUCACCGAUGCCACAACGUUCGACGAACGCGCUCGAAUUCGUGACGCCGGUUCGUCUCCCGCCUCUUCUAAAUGCACCUUGAACGACGCCCGCAAGCUGAAUUCCAGUUUUGCGCGCUCGCCCUCCUCCAACGUCGAGCAACGGGAGCACGUGGAAGUGUAGUAGAUGGAGGUGGACGAGCCGGAGAAGAGCGAACUGACUGGUUUUACCAACUUCCACCUGGUCGGGAGACGUCGAAGACGUAGAAUUCGUGGUGUCUGACUGGUUUGGUCAGCAUCCAAGGAUUCUUGUCUGGCAUUCACGUGAUAGAUCCCAACCGCCCGAGCCUCUUCUUCUUCUUCUUCUUCUUCUUCUACUACCACUACUGCUACUACUACUACUGCUACUACUGCUGCUACUACUGUUACUACUGCUGCUACCACUACCACUACACUGCUACACUACUACUACUACUACUACUACUACUACUACUACUACUACUACUACUAACGACGUGCCAUAUACACAUAGCAACCUGUGAUACGCUAUCUCAUGCCAAGAAGUACUCCUACCGGUAGACGUACGUAGAUAUCUAGUCGAAGAUUAGCCGGAAUCGCGACUAGAGGAAAACGGACGAGGAGAGGAAGAAGAAGAGGGAAGACGAUCGAGACGCUUUCGAUAGCGAAGGGCAGAAGAAGAUCGGAUCGGAGAACAUAUAGGACGUCACGAUACGACGAGGAAGAAGAAUCAGAGGAGAGUGCGGGAGAAUGUCCACGUGCACCGACGAAGGUGACACCGCACCCCUGCACAUGCAGGAGGCUCUGUCUCCGGUGCAGGAGGGACCCGUGUCGCCGGCAUCCUCUUCCCUAAGCAAUCAAAAUCAAAACGAGAACGAUCAACAAGUCUUACUGGCGACGAUGCAGCCGGUGAACGUGUUGGACCUACACGAACCUCCGGCCGUGCAUCCGCUCCAUCCGAAGUACCAUCAUCACCAUCACCACCGUCACCACCAUCACCACCACCACCAUCAUCAGCAGCAGCAACAGCAGCAGCAGCAGCAGCAGCAGCAGCAGCAACACGGUAUCAGCGGAGAUCCGGAGGACGUGCAGCAACGCGGUGCGAACGGGCCGGAGGAUCCGGACGGUCGGGUGACGCCGGGAACCGAAACGACUGCUGGAAAUCCGACGUUGGCCGUCGGCGAGCACAAGAUGAUCGAUUUGAUCUACAACGACGGGCAAAAGACGGUGAUGUACACCCACGACAAGGAGAUCAUAUACGAGAACGAGGCCGAUCGAGUUCAAGUGGUCGAGUACCCGCCACCCCCGCCGUCGCCACCCUCGCCCUCGCCGCCCUCGGUCGUCAGCAGAACCGGGCUCCUACCGCCGACCUGCGUGGCACCGAGAACGGGGGCUGGCGCGACCGCGGCGGCUCUUCACCUUCAUCACUACCCUCAAUUGCAGCUCCAACACGAGGACGAGUUACCGAGCGUUCGGCACACCGUAACUGCCACCGCGCCGAAUUGCGGAACCGCCACCACCACCACGACCGUCCUCGUCCUUUCGGAGCUCGUUGCCGCCGAUCCAGCAGCCGGUGCUGCCGCCGCCGCCGCUCAGCAGCUCACGCUCACGGCCGCGGCCGCGGCAGCUUCUCUUCGGGCUGGACGACGAAGUCGCAGCGAAGAAGAGACGAACGGCAGCGUCUCGGUUGGCGACGAGUCCCAGCAACAACAGCAACAACAGCAAGGCUACGUGCCGCAACGAGAGAGUCAAGAGGAGGAGGAAGAAUUAGCGGCGGAGGAGGCUGCCGCGGCUCAGGCUGCGGCUCAGGCUGCGGCCCAGGCUGCUGCCCAGUCCCUUCAGAGCGCCAGCGAGGAGACCGAUCCGGAAGUUCACAAGAGAGUCACUGCGGUGCAGGUGCAGGUGCAGGGUAUGGAGGGCGACUGGCGCGCAUACUGCGAGCAUCCGCUCUCCGUUGCGACCGCGGCGAUGCUAAAUCUCCAACAGCAGCAUCAGGUCUCGACCGUCGCCAGCCAUGGCGACGACCCGGCCGCGUCCUACGUCUACGAGUAUUACAAGCUACCGGAAAAGGCGACCACCGACGUCAAGCUACCCCCGACGCACGAGCUUUGGUCCACGGGUGUGAUGGGCCAGAAGCUGCUGGUGCAGGAGGCGCCUGGCUCCGGUUCCGGCUCGGCAAAUCGCAUGGAAGGCGGCGAAGGCGCCGGAGGUGGGGAGCUCCAUCACUUCCUCCACCAGUACAACCAGCAGUCUCACAGUCCUGGUCAGAGUCUCCAAGGUGGCCUUCCGCUUCCGUUGAGCCCGCAGUCGCUCCGACACGACGGUUCCUCCAGCGCCGGCAUCGCCGGAGUUAAGAGGGAACCCGAGGAUCUCAGUUCCUCGCGCGGAGCUCAACAAUCCAGCAAACGUCACAAGCAGGCGCAACCGGACAGUCCAACGCCGCCGGGAAUGUACCACCAUCAUCAGCAUCAGCUACAGGUGCAACAGUACGGAAGUCCGUACGACCCGUACACCUCGUGCAGCCCGCGAUUGCAGUCCACCGCGUACACCUCGACGUCCGGGACGAGCGCGGCGAACACCGCGAAUGCGAGUGGCAUUCAUCAGGAAACAACAGCCGUCUACGUGACGGGCGACGCUCUGCCACCGCUCGCAUCCUCGAGCUCCUCCUCGUUGUCGACGAGCACAGCCUCCUACACGAGAUACGAGGUCGUACCCAGCUCUUACGCCACGACGCACGCGAUACGCUCCUCCUCGAGCAGCAGCAAAGUUCUCACCGUCGAUCUACCGAGUCCGGACUCCGGAAUCGGUGCCGACGCCGUCACGCCUAGGCAGGAUCAUCACGCGCCUACGGCCCUUCAUCAGUCGUCCUUCGACUAUACGGAGCUGUGCCCCGGAGGAACGGCAACUGGCGCAGCGGUCGUUCUCGAGAGCGGAGCCGUGAUACAUCAUCAACCUCUGCAACUGCAGCUACAACAGAGCCAUGCGCAAGCACAGGUGCAGCGUGGCGGUCUCGUCGCGGCAGGUGCGACCAAUCCUACCACGAAUCCGAAUCCACCGAGGUCAAGGCCUUGGCACGAUUUCGGAAGACAGAACGACGCCGACAAGAUACAGAUACCAAAGAUCUUCUCGGCGUACGGUUUCAAGUAUCAUCUGGAGUCUCCCAUCAGCACGUCUCAACGACGCGAGGACGACAGAAUAACGUACAUCAAUAAGGGUCAAUUCUACGGUAUAACUCUCGACUACGUACCGGAUCCGGACAAACCGCUUCUUAAGGCGGGACAAACGGUUAAGAGCGUGGUUAUGUUGAUGUUCCGAGAGGAGAAGAGUCCCGAGGACGAGAUCAAAGCGUGGCAAUUCUGGCAUGGAAGACAGCAUUCCGUAAAACAACGUAUUCUCGACGCUGAUACGAAGAACAGCGUUGGUUUGGUGGGUUGCAUAGAGGAAGUCGCGCACAAUGCGAUUGCUGUUUAUUGGAAUCCCUUGGAAUCUUCGGCAAAGAUAAAUGUCGCCGUGCAAUGUCUCAGCACAGACUUCUCCAGUCAGAAGGGCGUAAAGGGUCUACCGCUACAUAUUCAAGUAGACACAUACGAGGAACCCCCGCCACACACUCAUACUUACACGCCACCCUCGCAUCGCGGUUAUUGUCAGAUCAAAGUCUUUUGCGAUAAGGGAGCGGAAAGGAAGACUCGCGACGAGGAGAGAAGAGCGGCUAAAAGGAAGAUGACGGCUACGGGUAGGAAGAAACUGGACGAACUUUACCACUCGGUCACGGAACGUAGCGAAUUUUAUUCGAUGGUCGAUCUCCACAAGCCACCCGUCCUCUUUUCACCGCCGGCCGAACAUGCCAUCGACAAGUUCUCGACGAUGGAGUUGUCGGGCUUCUACGGAGGCGGUGGCGGCGGUGGCGGUGGCGACACCGACACCUCGUCACUCAGUAACGGUGAGGGCGGAGGAUUGAAGGCUGGGGGUAGCAGCCCGUAUCCUACUUGCGGCAGACCGAGCUUGCCCGCCUUGAAGUUCCACAACCACUUUCCGCCCGACAAUCUGAGUAAUCUACACGACAAGAAGGACUCCUUAUUGAUGCAGGUGCAGGAACUUCAAGGCUCGGUGCUUCAGGGUGUACAGCAGGCCGGACUGGCCGGCACCGUAGUCUCCAGCGUCGGCAAUCGCCUGCACCUGCAACAACAGCCGUCGCAUUUGCGUCCGGCCGACGCCGAGGAACGUGUCAUGCUCUACGUUCGUCAGGAAUCCGAAGACGUCUACACGCCUCUCCACGUCACGCCGCCGACUGUCCAAGGACUACUCAAUGCUAUUGAGUCAAAGUACAAAAUUGCAUCCUCGAGUAUUAAUAACCUCUAUCGCAAAAACACAAAGGGCAUUACGGCGAAAAUUGAUGACGACAUGAUCAGAUUCUACGUGGACGAAGAUCUAUUCCUCUUGGAGGUGAGUCAUUCGAGAUUGAACGGAGAUGCCGUGAGCGAACGAAAUUCUACCAAUCCUGGUUCGCCGAGCGAUCCAACCGAUCCUGGAGAGGCACCGUCGAGCGGUUACGACGUGACGCUUAUCGAACUACCCUCGUCACCGCCGCAUCUCGCCCAUUCGCCCCUCGCCAAUUCGACGCACGCGCAUGCGCACGCGCACGUUCACGAAAGUGGAAACACGUGAAGGUGGGAACUAAGAUCCGAACCUAUUUGAAUCUUUCGACGUGUACAUAGCACGCGCGCGGAGACUCGGCCGAAGGACAACCCAAGUUCUCCGGAGAGCCAUCCGGCUGUCCACGAACUCGGAGAAUGCUAAUCGAUCUCUGCUGGCGCAAAUACCGAACGAGUUGAGGUUCAUUCUCUAGUUUCGUAAGGAUCGAGGAUACCUCGAUCGCCUUUUAUCUCGCAUCUUUCAGAUGUCCUCAAACUUUAAACAUCUUAGUUGUUAGAAUAAGAAAAAAGUAUGCUGCGCCGUACAUGCGUAAAAAUCACGAAUCGAGAUUAAGAUCUUACAUGAGAGAAUGGACGAAGAAGAACCGGUUAGAUUAUAAGAUAGUCGUCGAUUUAAGAUAGAAACAUAUCAUUCUUCGCUGCGUGCAGCGAUAUCGCUACGUGUAAAUCAAUCAAAAUUGAUUUAAGAGGACCAAUGUAUGUUACAUAUACGUAUGACGUAUAUUUAUAUGAGAUUUUUUUCAUUUUAUUUUAUUAUCGUAUCUUCGCGGUUUAGAGUUUAAAUUUUGUUUAUUUUAUUAUAAAAUAUAUCGCACAAAUGCGAAUCGACGCGAAUGGAAGAUGAAGAUAGUGUCGAGUCGUCGACCAAGUCGACGUGCUCGAAUUUAUUUUUAAUAUACACCAAACUAUUUUUCACGUCGACAUCGAUAUUUUAAUUAGGAACUCUUUUAAUAAAUGAUCAUGUACCUUUUUUAUUUGGAUUCAUUCUACUAUCAUAUUAUUAAAAACGUUGAUGUUAUUUUUUAUUUGUAAAAGUUUUAACCCAUACUUUUUAUCAUUGUUGAUGAUAUUUUUAGACAACGUCCCACUUUUAAUCGUCCCAAUGCUUUAUCGUUAACACAUUGACCGACCGAAGUUCUUCCGAGUCCUACAACCGGAACAAUGUAAUCGUAUUUACCUUCGACGCUCAUUAUUCGCCAUUUUUAAAUAAUCACAGAAUUCAAACAAAGUUGCGUAUGGUAAAAGAUUUAAUAUCAAAUCGCUACGCAUCAAACCGAACGAAUACAAUAGUUUAUAUUUUAUACCAGUGUGAAAAAGAAGCCAUUGGCGGAGACGAGAAUAUUACAAUUUUAUCGUAAGAUCGCGCGUUCGCGUUCGUGUGUGUAUCCACGUCGCGUACGCUUUCUUGUUGUUCGUUAUAAUGUUAGAGAGCCGAUAGAUUAGAUUAGAAAAUAUCACGAUCACGACAUUUAUAUUGUUUUUGCGUUUAAUCAUACGUAUUGUCGAUACCGAUAUCAAAGCAACGAUCAAAAUACGCUUGUAAAAUGCAUAUUAUUAUUGAAUACUAUAUUUUGUUACAUUUAUCGCAGACAGCAUAUAGGUUAAUAUUAUUAAUAUUAUUGAUUCUAUCGAUUAGAGAUAUACUUAUAUCAUUAUUUUUAUACGAGAAUGUAUAAUCGUAUGAGACGUAAACAAGAAUUUUAGAAUAAAGAGAGAGAGAGAGAGAGAGCGCGAGAGAGAGAAAGAGUGUGUGUGCUUGCGUAUGAGUAGUAUAUGAUUGAAAGAGACGAUGCAUGGAACAGAAAUGAUAUAGAAAGAGAAUGAUUGCGUACGUAUGCGAAUAUAUCGAUGAAGGAAAAGAAGGAAAAAAAAUUUUUUAGUUAUGAUUGUUAGCGUUGCUCCAUGACAUUUUUAUAAAUAAUAGCUAUAGCAAAGCCCUUCUUUCCCCCACCCUGCCCCACCCCUCCGCCCGUUGGCCGUUUAUUUACGAAAGAAGACACCGUUCCGACGUAUCUUUCUUUCGUAUACGAUCGGCUACGUCGAUGAGCCAUUUUAUUAUUAUUAUUUUAUUAUUAUUACUGAUAAUAUUAUUAUAUCAUCUUUAUAAUACUUAUAACUAUUAAUAUUAUUUCUAUGUUACGAAGGAUAAACGUGUUAACGCUACGAAGAGACUACGAAUCUAAAGAAAUCUUUUACUAUUUUUUCCAGCCGUACAGCACAGCCACGCAAAUUUUUCAAAAUCCUCUUUGAGGUUUCGAAAAGAAACUAAUCUCUUCCAGUAGUAAUUUACUUUCGAACUAUAGAACGAAAGAUAUGUUCGUUGUUUCCUCGUAGCUAUUUCUUUUUCUUUUUUAUUGAGCCGUCUCGAUAUCGUACUUAAACGACGUAAAUAUGACGAUAUAAAAGAAGAAAGAGAAAACAAGAAGGGAUGACUUAUUUGUUAUAAGCGUAUUCUAAUCGCAAGGAAUGUUAUUUCUUUAUCUGUCGCUUAUUCGAUCGACGGAAUAUUUUCAACUUUGAGAAUGUACCGUGGGAAUGUCGUCGAAAAGAGAGAGAGAGGGAGGGAGAGAGAGAGAGAGAGAGUGAGAGUGAGAGUGAGAGAGAAGGGGAGAGAGAGAGAAGAAGGGAGAGAGAGUAUUCAUAACAGAACGCCGAAAUAUUAGGCAUGUUUUCUUUCUUCCGUCGUGUUGUCUUGCCAUCGUGAGAUUGUGCCAGAGGUGAUAUUAUAUUAUUUCGAUGUUUAUUGCAACAAUAAAUAUUAUAUUAGUACGUUUUAUAAA